UGUUGUUUUGUUAUUCCGAUAGAGUUUUGAUUUUUAAUAAGUUAAUGAAUCUAAUAACCACAGAUUUUCUUUCUGAAAUUCGAUUAAAUGACGCGGUAUGCGAGCGCAGAAACUUAUCCAUGAGAUUUCCAAUCUCAUUAGCAUCACAACACAUUUAUUUCAAACCUGGCGAGGAAAACUUCAAAAGGUGCAUGGAUUACACACUGUCAAUGUUCUUCAACCACACAUACCCAGACACAUACAAAACGCAAGUUCAGAACGACAUAGAAGCUCUGAUUGAAAAAUAUACAAUCAACGUCAACUUUGGGAAGGCCAGGAAAUUGAAAUCUGCAUUUGAUAAGUUUCUAGAGCUCUUGGGAGGAAUGGAAUCCAAAAACAAACAAGACAUAAUCGGUGUUGUUCGAUACUUGGUUUUGAUGGCCAAUCACUCCUCGGACAAAGACAAGGGCAUUGCUAGUAUUGGCGAGGAAUUUAUCCCCAGGGAAAUUGAUGAAUUUGACUGGCAUGCUUAUCUGAACCAGGGAAUCGAAAUCGCCAACGUAGAGGAGUCCGACGAGAGUGACUGGAGUGAAGAAUCUAAAUGUGAGGAGAUCAGCAAUAAGAGUGAGCAAUUUUUGUCUCAAAUAAUAACAGAAGACGAUUCCGAAAAACGAUGUUCUCACUAGUGUUGAAAUAUGUGAUGCCCAACAAACUCCAACUAAAGAAGUGUAAAGAAGGAAACAACACGGAAGAUUUAAAUGAAGCAUGGAAAGCAGGACAAGCAGGCUACAAGUUCAGUAAAAUCAAAGCAAACAGAAAUUUUCCUGCUCGUUUGCUUGCUGAACUCUGUUAUGGAGAUGAUUCUUUAAGAAUUAUUAGUGAAUACUCAGUGAUUCGAGAUAUCUGCCUGCGGGCUGAUUUUCAAGAAAGAAGCUUUUUGGAAAUAUUCCGUUUGUGGCGACGUCACAGUUUGCAGUUUAUCACCUGAAAUGUUUCGGAGCGUUUUGGGCUCUGUUACCCCAGCCUUGUGCAUGCUUGGCAAAAUGCACAAUUUUGUGGACAAGAUGCUGCCAAGUGCUCUUUACAGUGAGUUCCAAUACCCUCCAAAAACGGGUCUGCAGCUGGUGUUUGACAGGCAGAAUAAUUUUUUGCUUGAUCUCGAGAACGAGGUUAAAAAGCAAGAUGAUAUUUUCACAAUCAACACUUGCCUGGACUGGUUGCAGCCCUUUUUCAGAUUUCUCUACGAAGUGUACAAAGUUCACGAGCAGGCAGUUUUUGAAAAAUAUGACGUCCAGCAGUAUUGGGUCUGUUCUACCAAGCUCUUGUCCGUUCUCUGGUCGGAAGCAUAGCAAGCGUCGUCACUAGAAAUCUCGUCUGUUUUGAUCUCACUCCUCCUCAUCACACUGAAACCUUUGGAUCUAUUGAUUACCCUUCUGAGGAAUACUUUAUUUCAGGGUAAUUAAAAUAAAUAGCGAAAUGAAAAUUGCAUCUCAGCACAUCCUCGACUCUCGAGUUCAUGAUCUUGGCAGACUUGCACAAGAUCUGUUAAGGAACAAGUGCAAAAUCAGUGACCACUUGUCCGCAAUGCAGAAAGUGGCCUUCUUCGAGGUUUUUUCCAUGCAAGAGUUCAUUCAUUGGUUCAAUUUCGAAGAUCAACAAAGCAGCGCGAGAAUUCAAAAUUGGGAGACAACAUCUCGCCGGCUGUGGAGGGAGGGAACUGGAGAAACUCUCCACUCCACCAUAAAAAUGGAAGCGCUGAGCGGGGGUAGCUUUAAAUCUGCCUGACGACCACAAUUUUGCCUUUUGCCUUGUCUCUACUCGUCUCGAUCACGUCUCUGGCUCCGCACUGUGAGUGAGACUGCCUCUAAUUUGUCCAGCAAAAGCCGUUAAGGAGCAAUCGAGGAAAAACUACACAAAAACGAUUCGCCUGGCGAGGAAAACUUCAAAAGAUGCAUGGAUUACACAUUGUCCAUGUUCUUCAACCACACAUAUCCAGACACAUACAAAACGCAAGUUCAGAACGACAUGGAAGCUCUGAUUGAAAAAUAUACAAUCAACGUCAACUUUGAGAAGGCCAGGAAAUUGAAAUCUGCUUUUGAUAAGUUUCUGGAGCUCUUGGGAGGAAUGGAAUCCAAAAACAAACAAGACAUAAUCGGUGUUGUUCGAUACUUGGUUUUGAUGGCCAAUCACUCCUCGGACAAAGACAAGGGCAUUGCUAGUAUUGACGAGGAAUUGAUCCCCAGGGAAAAUGUUGAGUUUGACUGGCAUGCUUAUCUGAACCAGGGAAUCGAAAUCGCCAACGUAGAGGAGUCCGACGAGAGUGACUGGAGUGAAGAAUCUAAAUGUGAGGAGAUCAGCGAUAAGAGUGAGUCUCAAAUAUUUACAGAGGAUGAUUCCAAAAACGAUGUUCUCACUAGUGUUGAAAUAUGUGAUGCCCAACAAACUCCAACAAAAGAAGGAAACAACACGGAAGAUUUAAAUGAAGCAUGGAAAGCAGGACAAGCAGGCUACAAGUUCAGUAAAAUCAAAGCAAACAGAAAUUUCCCUGCUCCUUUUCUUGCUGAACUCUGUUCUGGAGAUGCUUCUUUAAGAAUUAUUAGUGAAUACUCAGUGAUUAGAGAGAUCAUUAUGGCGUUGAGAGACACUUCUGCCUGCGGGUUGAUUUUUAAGAAAGAAGCUUUAUGGAAAUAUUCCGUUUGCGGGGACGUCACAGUUUGCAGUUUAUCACCAGAAAUGUUUCGGAGCGUUUUGGGCUCUGUUACCCCAGCCUUGUGCAUGCUUGGCAAAAUGCACAAUUUUGUGGACAAGAUGCUGCCAAGUGCUCUUCACAGUGAGUUCCAAUACCCUCCAAAAACCUACCAAUCGUACGCAGCGGGUCUGCAGCUGGUGUUUGACAGGCAGAAUAAUUUUUUGCUUGAUCUCGAGAACGAGGUUAAAAAGCAAGAUGAUAUUUUUACAAUCAACACUUGCCUGGACAGGUUGCAGCCCUUUUUCAGAUUUCUUUACGAAGUGUACAAAGUUCACGAGCUGGCAGUUUUUGAAAAAUAUGACGUCCAGCAGUAUUGGAUCUGUUCUACCAAGCUCUUGUCCGUUCUCUGGUCGGAAGCAGAGCAAGCGUUGUCACUAGAAAUCUCGUCUGUUUUGAUCUCACUCCUCCUCAUCACACUGAAACCUUACUUGGACAUAACAGAAAACUGGUUCAUGUUUGGAUCUAUUGAUGACCCUUAUGAGGAAUACUUUAUUUCGGGGGAAGCUGCUGAAGCAGAAAAUACUCUGGAUGGAGACUACGUCCUGCACCCAUUUGAACAAUCGCUUUUAGAUUUGGGCGUCACUCCGAUGCCACUUCUGAAAAUUAUCGCAAAGACAGGUCUCACAGUUGGGCGAAGCAUUUGCCUGUUGAGAGGUCUGGACCACAUGGAUCAGAUACCAAAGUCCUCAGAGAGAUCGUCGAUUUACAAGGAGCUUGUUGAAAUUCUCAAAGCGGAGCUGAUUCCGUCAAAGACCAAUGACAAAACGUUAAUUCCUGACACAAAGUUUGGCUCUGAAAAUCAAGCAAGUGAAAAAAUCCUUCCUGAUUCACUAGAGCAAUACACGCUGGAUUACAUUUUAUCCACAAGUGAUGCCAAUGUUUUAGAAGCUUUUGGGGACGUAUUGAAUCUAGGCUUGGAGUCGAACUAUCAACAAGAGGAGUUUGAUUAUUACGAAAGAUUAGAAUUCCCCAUCGGCUCUGAAGAUCUUUGUUCUAUCCAGUCCUUGAAUCAUAUCCUUUGUGAUGCAGUUCAGCACAUCCUCGACUCUCGAGUUCAUGAUCUUGGCAGACUUGCACAAGAUCUGUUAAGGAACAAGUGCAAAAUCAGUGACCACUUAUCCGCAAUGCAGAAAGUUGCCUUCUUCGAGGUUUUUUCCAUGCAAGAGUUCUGCACUUUCCUUGUAGAAGAGACUGCCAAAGAUGACAACUGGCUCAGUUGGGCCAAUUGGGUUCUUCUUACUAACAAACUCCAAGUAUGCUUGAGUGAUCUCCACUUAGAUUGGUCGCAUCUUUUUUCCAUUCAAGUCGCAACUGAUUACACGGCAAAUGCCAUUUCUGAGAUAACAGAGGGCUUUCCAUUGAUGCAGUUAAUCAAUCGACUUUCGCUUAAUUACUUGAUGAAAUGGCCUACAAACCUUGUACUGACUGAAGCCAACAUGCAGCUAUAUAAUAAUGUUUUUCGAUUUUUCCUGAAAAUUAAGUGUGCUUUAUCAAGCUUGCAAAGAAUCUGUCUCGAUGAAACGUCCCCAGUCAUGUCUGGUAAUGUUGACUUGAGUCACCGUUUGUGGAUACUUCGCUCUUGGCUCCUGUUUUUACUUCGGACAAUUCACGACCAUAUUCUGAGCCACAUUUUACUCGACUUGAAGCAAAAUUUAGAUCAGCGCCUUUGCAGUGCCAAUAGCUUUCACUCGGCUCUUGAGGCACACGAAAGAUUUGUGAAGCACUCGCAUUACUCCUGCCUUCUUUCGAAGACGCAUUCAUCAGCCCAGGAGCACAUAAUGGAGGUGGUUGCUCAAGCCAUGGUGAUUUGUGAUGCCUUUCAAAAUGGAUCUAUUGAGCAACAAUGUGUGGAGAACAUGGAGCUGAAACUGAAUCUAGCCUUCAACUUUUUGACCAUUUUCUACGACUCUGUGGCCACUUCGUCAAGCUCUGUGCACCUUAUGGGACUUUCUGUGGCCCUCAAUGAAAAGGCUCCUAACUUCUAAGGGAAAAAAUCUACCAUCCAAUUGUUGUUAUUUAUUUGUCUAAAAUUCUAUUUCAAGGUAGCAAUUAAAAUCGCAAAAUGCAAUUUAAACAG